AUGGACCAUUGGCAUUUGGGGGCACUCCCCAAUGCCCGACUCAUUGACAUUUGUGCCAGAGAAAGCUUUCUUCACUCGUGCAACCCUCCCAUCAUUCAUGGCAACUUGACCAGCGACACCAUCUUUAUCCAGCACAAUGGCCUAAUCAAGAUUGGUUCUGUCUGGCACAGGGUAUUCUCUAAUGCAAUUCCUGAUGAUCUCCGGAGCCCCAUUCGAGCUGAGCGAGAAGAACAGCGAAACUUGCAUUUUUCCCCCCCGGAGUAUGGCCAGGUUGCUGACGGGACAGCUGUGGACAUCUUUUCAUUCGGGAUGUGUGCACUGGAGAUGGCUGUGCUAGAGAUCCAGUCCAAUGGGGACACUCGAGUGACUGAGGAGGCCAUUGCCCGUGCCCGACACUCACUGAGUGAUCCUAAUAUGCGGGAGUUCAUCCUGUCGUGCCUUGUCUUGGACCCAGCCUGUCGACCUUCUGCCCACAACCUUCUCUUCCAUCGAGUGCUCUUUGAAGUUCACUCACUGAAGCUCUUGGCAGCUCAUUGUUUCAUUCAGCACCAAUAUCUGAUGCCAGAAAAUGUAGUAGAAGAAAAGACCAAGGUGAUUGACCUCAAUAUGGUGAUGGCUGAGAUUCAUCGGACUGGCCGGCCAGGAGUUCAGUGGCGGUACUCGGAGGUCUCAUUCUUAGAGCUGGACAAGUUCCUGGAAGAUGUCAGAAAUGGAAUCUACCCACUCAUGAACUUUGCUGCCUCUCGGCCCCUGGGGCUUCCUCGUGUACUGGCUCCUCCCCCUGAGGAUGCCCGGAAAGCUAAGACCCCCACCCCAGAGCCUUUCGAUGUGGAGACCAGGAAGGUUGUACAAAUGCAGUGUAACAUGGAGAUGAAUGAGGACAGAGCUCAGUGGCACCUCACUCUGCUCCUGGUCCUGGAAGACAAGUUACACCGACAGCUGAGCUAUGAUCUCCUGCCAACUGACAGUUCCAAGGAUCUAGCCACAGAGUUGGUUCAUUAUGGCUUCAUUCAUGAGGAUGAUUGCGAAAAACUGGCUGCCUUUCUGGAGAGCACCUUCCACAAAUAUCGCUCAGCCCCAUCCUGACCUGGGCCCUAUUUUCUACUAGCUGGGCCCCUUCUUCCUGUAGUCUGGGAAGCAUUUCCCCAAAUAUUACCCAGGAGUGCAAGGGCACUGGAAGUUCACAUCCUGCCCUAGCCCAAGGCUACAGUUUGCUGCUCCUCAACUCUGAGUCUUGGGGAUGGGGAUGGGGGAUGCAGAGGUAUGCUGCUGGAAUUGGCUAAGAGAGUGAUGAGAUGAGGCAGAGGUGUUUGUAUGGGAGGAUGUGCCUGAUGCUUCCUUCUGUGGGUGAAAGACUUGGCAGGGGUUAGACUCCCUCUGUCCCCCACCCCACCCCCAAAGAAUUUCAGUGGAUGAAGUCCUAUUCCCUUACCCCACCCCAUCCCCAAUGCCUUCAUCUAUUUGGGACCAACACCUCCCCCUCCCUCCAGAACCCAUUCCCUCUCCAGGUUUCUGUGUGGCAGACUGGGGAUGCCUUUGACCCCAUCCUAUUACCCACCUCCAUGGGCUCAGGCCUAACCUGGGGGAUGAGUGGGAUUGUCUUUUUCCCUGACAAACCAGUGGUGUCCUUUUCCUCCCCCUUCUCUCUCAUUUAUAAGGGGUGUCCCAUUAUUGUUCAUGGGACAAUGAAUAAAUAAUGUACCUGCACGGA